AGGGAGGUGGAGAACGCAGCUCCACUUUUCAAGGAUCCCAAAGGGCUGUAAAAGGUAGGAACUGAAAACUGGAGGUGGAGUGUUAAAAUGAGAGAAGAGGAAGAGAAAAAGGGUUGUUUAAAAACAAAACAAAAAACCCAGAACCAAAUUAGGGGAUGAAAUUUAGGAGAAACUUGGCAAUAAGAACAUGUCUUUUACUGCAUCAAUAAGCAGUGCUUUUUUCCUGGGGGGUAUGCAGGGGUACACAUACCCCUAAAUAUUUUGUGAAUCUAGGUUUGGCCUCAUUGAGGGGCAGUAUUUCAAUAUGAGUAAGAAAAUAAGAGUACCCCAAAACAUUAUUUUUUUAAAAAAGCACUGUCAAUAAGGCAUCUUUUUAAGCAUAGGAAGAUACCAUGGCCUUCAGAAAGGGUGAGUGGGGAAGGGCUGUAGCUCAGUGAUAAGAGCACAUGCAAAAGAUGAAGGCGAGGGAAGAUCCCAGCUGGAAACCCCAGAGAGCUGCUGCCAGUCUGUGUAAACAGCACUGGGGUAGAAAGGCUAAUGGCCUGGGUUGGUACAAGGCAGCUUCCUAUUUAAGACUUCUGGUUUCUCUUCAGACAAACAUCUCAGUGCUCUGUUCCUGGAAGCCAACAAACUGGCUGUUUGUGCCCAAGGGAGAAGUGGGGCAGCAGAAAAGGUGAGUCGGGUGUUUCAAGAGCGCAGCGCCAGCGCCAGCAGCCUCGUGAAGGAGUUUCCUCACGGCAGUGCCGAGCCCAGCAAACCACUAAAAAGCAAUCUGGGAAGGAGGACGCCCGGGUGAAUCACUGCUUUCUCCUCUUUUGGCAGGGAAAAAGCCCCACAGCCCUUCGACAGGCUUUGCGAGUGCGACUGUCUGUUCCCUUUUUGCCCCAUGGCAGAAAACCCUCCGCCUCGAUAUCCCCGGAGUCUCCUCGGUGCCUGCUUGUUGCUUCAGCCUGAGCUGUGCUCAGCGGCUUAAAAGGAAAGAGAAGCGACAGGGCCUGCACACCGCACUGGUUGGAAUCCCUGCUCGUGUGAGGGCUGCGCCAGAGUCACGCACUCUCCACAUGUGCAGAGGCGCUCCCACUAUCCCUCGCCUGUCCCGACUGAAACCCGGCUCCUUUCGGAAGCUGAGCCCCGGCUGCGGUGAUGCGAAUAUCACCACCCCAUUUCCCCAUCCCGCCGCUUUAAAUGUGGCCAGCUCAGCCUCUCCUGUUGCUGCUGGGCAGGGCCUCCCUUCAUCCCCACGACGACAGCGGGAUAAUUGGAUCAGAAGCUCCCUCCCUCUCGGCCCGAGGCAGGAGGGUGGAGGGAGCUUUCUUUUUCUUGCCCAGCGAGCUCGCGCUCCUCGCUCGCUCGCUCGCCCGCAGCCCAGGCCUCUUUGCGCGGGAGUCGCGCCGCGCUCCCCUUCGGAGGUCUCCGCGGGGCUGCGUGGGUCCGCCUACCGCCCGGGAGGCGGGCCGGCCUCCCCCCUCCCCAAACGCUUCGCUGUCCGCUCGGCCGCUUGAAAUAGGGGGAGGGGCGACGGAGCGAACGAGAGCGAGAGUUUGCGCCGCAGGAGAAGAGCGAGAGGCGGAUUGAUCCGGGCAGGGUGGGCUUGGCGAGGAACGUGCCCAGCCUUUCCCCCCUCGGACACUUCGCUGGUUGAUCCCGGCGAGCCCCAGGACUCCUCUCCGAGCGGGAGUCUCCGGAGCAGCAACUUGGAGAGGUAAGUCUCCUAGUAACCUCCUCUCCCUGCGGGCUCCGUUCGGGGGCUGGACUACUCGCAGCGUCUCCAACAAGAGCCCAUUCUUCUAGCAGGGAAAAGAAAGGGAGAUUCUUUUUUGGGUCCCGUGUCCCCCCCCCCCCCAGUUUUGGGAGGGUGGGACCGAGGAGGUAAGUUCCUUUCUUGGAGCUGUUCCCGAGCAAGGAGCCACAGGAUCCGUUCCCUUUUUUGCUGCGCUCGACCUCCUGCUCUGCGUCGUGGAAAAGGCGCUCCGAGCCCUUUCGCCUCGCCAGACAGAGAGCGAUUGUCCUCCUCGAGGCAGCAGCUGCGGCAGCUUCGAGAAGGUAACGCAGCAGCGACUCUCGAGGGAGGGGGGAGGAUAACUGAGUCGUCUUUAUUUUCCUCUCAGGACGGCUGGCGGGCGCCCGGGGCUGCUUUCGCCCUCUUUCCACCGUCGUCGUCCUCGCUCCCCUCCUCCUCCUCCCCCCCAGUCAGGGCUGCUGCGCGUGCGGAGGCGGCGGGGCGCGAGCGCGCUUCGGGUCUCCCACGUUGCUCUCUGCGGACAUUCUUUCCGCUGGAUUGCGCGGGGGCAGGUAGGUCGUAGCCUCUGUCCGGGGCGAAACUGCCGCUGCCGCACCCACUUCCAAGAUCUCUCCGGUGAAGGAGAGUCGGAAUGGGGGGCGGGGAGGCAUGGGUUUCUUAUAACGGGUGGGAGGGACAGACGCGCUCGCCAACUUCUUCAGUUUUAAACAUUAGGAACUAAGGAUUUGGCAGCGUUCUGAACAGGUUUGUUUCAUACUUGUGCUCCUCUCCCUUCUCCUCCCCCCCUUUCCUGUCAUCGCCAAGGCCGAUAACUUUCGGGUGGGAACCCCUCUGCUAGGGAGCACCCUCGUCUGAUUGGUGCGGAACUGGGCUCGGGCGCGGGAGAUAAGAUGACAGAGCUCCUUUGUGAAGGAGGAUCUGGUGCGAGCUGCUUCCCACAAUGAAACUGGAAGCCACGGGCCUUGCAGGGGAGUUUAGCAAGAGGGGCUGCCAAAGAGAGUAAAAGCCACUAGGAUCCUUUCCUCCACACUUAUCAUUCCCCCCUCCGCCAUCUACAACUUGAUGUUUGAAGGUCUGGGUAAAAAUGCUUCUGCUUAGCCACCAAAAUGAAAUUUCCUCCAGCAGGAGAUGGCUGAAUAUUACAGUUCUGGGCCGAUCGGAAUUCAAUUUGUUUAAAAGGUGGGGUGCCAAAUAAGAGUAUAACACACAAUUGCUGAUAUCAAACUAAGUCAUACUCUGAGUAGAGCAUUUAUAUUAUAUUAUUGGCUAGCUUAUACUGUAGUCUAAAAUUUAGUUGUUUGUAAUAUAUAGAUUGGAUUUUUAAACUAAUUUAGUAUUUAAAGCUUUGGGAAUUCCGACUGGAAAGAAGGGGUGGGACAGUUUCAAGCUGUAUAGCUUGUAUACUACAGAAUUAAAAUGGAAGUAGCAAGCAUUGCCAGCAGAAGGUGAGAUGCAAACAGCUGCAGUAUUACUGCAGUUUUGUGCUGGGAGGAAAAAGUGGAAGGGAAGGUCCCCUUGUAGAUGCUGAGGAUAUUAUCUCUGUACAGUUGAGUGGCAUUUUGUUGACGACUGAGGUAUGGACAUGCAGACACCAGGGGUUGCUCUCUGAACCUGUGUGAUCUUGUUACCUGGCUCCACAUAUAUUUUUAUUUUGGGUAACUGUCUAUGAAGGAAAGAAGCUAAUAUGCUGUGCUGAUAUUCUUGUACAGGGAACUUAAUACUGGAUUUCUGUUGUAGCAAGAGAGAAAAGACCAUCUGUGGUUUGUCCUUUCUUGGUCAUGGAAGAGGUCAGAAGCUCCUCAAAGUAAAUGUCAGAGGAGCUUUGCAAGCUGUACAAACCGUGAACCAGUAUAACAGCUUUCUGUGCCAGCUAAAUUUUCCCUACUUGUUGCACUUAACACGAUCUAUUUAUUUGAAGGGCUGGUCAAAAGGAGGAGGGAGAAAGCCACAUGCAGCUUCAAAUUUGCCCUUCUGGAUUUCUCAUACAACAGAUGGCUUCCAAAAAUCACAAAUACCAGGGACAGUAAAGUCAGCCAUGAUCCUAUUUGCAUGGAAAUGUGUGAGAUUUUUACCGAUGGUUAAUGAUAUAACUCUCAAAUGCCUCCCAUAGUAUUAAAGAGUUAAAACCUUGCUUUAAAAGCCGUAUGUUCAUUCCACUAAACUUUACCUUGAAUAACAUUAAGAGGAUUUGCAAUUAUGAAGCAGAGCGUUAAACAAAUGCUGGAUAGAACUGACUGUUUCUAGGUGUGAGCCGAUUGCUAGGUGGAGCAAGAAUGGAAUUUCUGCUACUGCAUUACAGAGUUAGAUGCAUUGUGGCUCAGGGGAGGUUUGUUUUGCCUCUGGGUCUUCUGACAGUUCUGGCUGUUGAAGAAACUUAAGGGCUGCUUAAGUUGACACACAUAGUCGCAAGUUAGGAAGUAGAAAUGUGUGAAAUGCACCAUAACUGUCUGCUCUGCCAUCAGUUUUGGCUAUUUUAUUUUUUGAAAUAGCCUUCUUCAUACAAAAUAAUCCCUUCAGCAUGCCAAACACAAGUGAGCCUUGCUGCUUCACAAACCACUUUGAUGUCUGCUAGGUGUAGGACCCCAGGUACUGUGAGGUAUAAGAUUGCUCCUCUGUUUCCACCAGCUUGACUUCUACUCUCUGCAGAACCAUGUUGCUGCUUGCCAGUGUAUGGGGGAAACUAGAAUAGGCGCACAAACUUUGUGGAUUGUAGGACGCUACAAAGUUAACUAGUAGUUUGUCUCUGUUCCUUACACCUUAACUGCAAUACUUCUUCAAUAUAAAUUGAUGUAAUAAACUCAUCCUGGAAACAACUGGAAUAAAGGAAAAUGAGACAACUAUACUAGGCUAUUUCCAGAGGCACAAGGUAGCUUUUGGCAUGAUAAACUGUGAUACUCAGUUCUAGGUCAGUCUUUGGUGCUUCUUUGCACUGUUAGCAUAUGUAAUCAAGUAACUGAUAUCUUAAAACUUUGCAUGUUUGGGGCCUCCUGCUCAAACAGACACCAACCACUGGUUUUAUCACUUAGCAUCACCCCAGCAGAUCUGUAAAUCUUUAAAGUACAGUGGUGCCCCGCAAGACGAAUGCCUCGCAAGACGGAAAACUCGCUAGACGAAAGAGUUUUCCGUUUUGGAGGUGCCUCGCAAAACGAAUCUGCUAUGGGCUUGCUUCGCAAGACGAAAAUGUCUUGCGAGUUCCUGGGUUUUUUUUUCCCUUUUCCCCCUCUUUUUCUAAGUCGCUAAGCCGCUUAUCUGCUUAUCCGAUAAGCUGAUAAGCUGCUAAAAGCCGCUAAAAGCCACUAAUAGCGCUAAUCCGCUAAUCCGUCAAUGGGCUUGCUUCGCAAGACGAAAAAACCGCUAGACGAAGAGACUCCCAGAACGGAUUCUUUUCGUCUUGCGAGGCACCACUGUAGGCUGAAUACACCAUUCUAAAGCAGAUCUUUCCUCUUAUCCUCCUGUCAGGGGACCUAACAUUUUAGGCCCAUUUACCAGGUUAAAUUGAAAUAAGGGUUGAAUUCCUUAUCUUCAUAUGCCAACUUGAAACAUAGUUUGAUUAGCUGAAGAAAAACAUCCCGGCGGAGGGCACGUUUCACUGCCUUGUAUAGCAAAUGGGUCAGUUCCUGACCUGGGAGACCAUGGAAGCCCUAGAAGCUCAAAAAGAAGUCAUAACAUGUAUAGCGGCAUUUAGGAAUGGAGCAUGUAUGUGUAGUGAUGAGUUUAAGAUAAAGAGGCAUUAUCUUUUGCAAGUUACUAUGCAUGUAUUUGUUUAUUAUUUGUGCCCUGCUCUUCACUGAAUGGUCCCAGGGUGAGUUACAAAAAUAACACAGUUAAAACAGGGACAAAUAUAUAUUAAAACCAGAAAAUAAAACAACAAACUAGCCAAUGACAAAGUGAACAAAACAGCACAGAAUAGUAAUGAAGGAGGAGGAAAAGCACCUACCCAAAAAACACCCUAUUUACAGAGGGGUGACCCCCAAUAAGGAGCUUCCUGAUGCUGCAAUAUGCCCCUUGUGGGGGGUUGUCAUCCCACAACCAGGACAUCUUCUGGACCAAAGCUGCCAUAUUGUGCAUUUGUGUGCAUUUCAUAGCUUAUGCUGUGCUUAUGCAGUACAUACUUUGUGCACUGGGUAUCCCAAGUACGAAAGUAAUCAACUGCUUGAUCUGUGUGUCAAUAGUGAGAAACGUAAGUGUGGCCUGUACUGAUUAAUAUAUUUGAAGGAAACUGUGACUAAUCUAUCCUGUUUUAGUACAGUAUUGUAAAUCUGUUCUGCUUUAGCAUUGUAAAUGUGUAUCCUUAUGCCAUUCCUCCUCUCUCUACCGAACUCCUUUCCUAAAAGACUUUUUCUCGCUGGAGAAGAUAAGCUUACCUUAUCCAUUCCUGCUGAAUGGAGUGCUCUAUUACCCAUUUGGAAUGGUGGCUUUUGGCUUCAGUGAGUGGGCAAGGGAAGCUGCCCCAGGGAAGCUGUUGGAAUGCUAGUAAUAGGAGGGUGGUUCUCGGCCUUACUGCCACCCAAUUAUUUUAUAUGAUUUGCGCUGUAUUUGUGAUGCUCUAUUGUUUUAUUUUGUUAGUGUUAUUUAUCAUUUGCAAGCCCCUUUGCAGUUCAUUUGAAUGAAAUGUGGCAUAGAAAAAUAAUAAAUCAAAUCAAUCAAAUCCUGGCCACUACUGCCUACAAAAAAAUCACAUUCAGCAUGGUAGGGUGAUGACACUGGACUAUUCUACAGGGACACAUUUGGCAAGUUAGCGUAGCCCAUGCUCUCUCAGCCAUAUUUCCACAUUAUUAUAUAGGUAUAAUAAUGAUACUCUAUACCAGCAACACAUUGCAAACUUGUGGGAUCACUUUUCUUUGGUAUGAGGUUAAGAGUUGAAAGAUCAUGAACUCUGUCUUUAUUGCUACAUUUUUGUUUUUAGUAGACAUAUUAGUGCCUGUUCACAGCCACACAAAAAUCCUGAAUGAUAAUAAUGUGGGACAGCAGUCACUUCUCCACCAGGAAAGACAAAAAAAGGGCUUAAUUAAAAUUGAAUCAGGAAGUUCCUUCUCCAGACUUCUCUUUGUUGAACUGAGUAGCUCUGCUUCUUUGAAUAUCAGUCAUUGUUAUUAUUUCAUUCAUUGCUUGCAAACACUGAAAUGUGGGAGCAAACCUGACUAAAGCAGCUGACUAAACAAGUGCUUUAUUUUUUAGCAGGAUAGCUGGGGAUUAUGGUCCAUUUGUGAGGUGCUGCUUCGCUUGUGAAUUGUACCUCAGAUGCUCCAGGCUAAACAUGUAGUGUAAGAUGAACCAAGGCGCUAGCCUCAUUCUGCAAAUAUGCUGUGAUUUUUUUUCCAUUAAAAAAAACUUUGGGGCGCUUUAAAUAAAACUGAACUGAUCGGUGCUGCCUGUCAUUAAAACAACAUUCUUCUAGACUUGAACUAAACAUGCCCAAGGCACUAAUUGCAUUACUUCCAACUUCCUGAUGAAUUCUAGAGGUAGCCUGCCUAGUAUUCUCCAUGCUGGGUUUGUUCAUACAACACCUGGAGACAUAUUCUUCCUGCAUAACAAAAACAUUUCAGCAUUUAGACAGAGAUGGAUGUUGGAAGGCAAGAAAACUCAAGCUCUUUCUGACCAGGAUCUGACAUUAAUAUGUUAGCAACAUAAUAUGAUAGUACAGUAUUAGUGUAUGUCUUCUGUAGAGAUGGAUAUGUAUCAGUUGGGUAAAAGCUGAAGUACAAAGUCAGCUAUUGGGAAUCAUACAGAACAGCAAAGAUGUCUUAGGGCAGCAGCUAUUACUUUGUUUACAAAGCUUUAUAGAGGCUUCAGUAAAAUCCACCUUAAAGGUGAAGGCCUUGCUAUAACUAUAUGGGAAAGCUUAAACAGUGUUCUGUCCUAUGGAACUCAGUUGAAUUGCUCAUACUGAUGUUCUUAUUGCCUGCUGCUAACCUUUAAUGCUUGAAAAUCCAUAACAACUUUCUGUAGGUAUAUUUAUAAUGGUAUAAAUAACUAGACAUAGUCGCUGCUUCAUUCAAGAGCAAAAUGUUGAGUUGAAUGAGGUGACUAGUGAAUUUAUACAGGAUUUUCAUUCUUCUGUUUGAUUCUUAAACUGCAUUCUCAGUUAUACAUUGUGUGGGUUGAGCUUCGUAGAUUAUCAGUUAAAAAACCUAUUCUGUUUUCCAAAGAAAGGUAUUACUGAGAUGCUGUAUUGUGGGAUUCCAGAUCCUGAGACUGGAUAUUCUGUGAAAUACUUUUAAUUUCUUUUUGGGGGACAGAAAAUAAAGAAUUUCAAAUUUAGACUGAACUGGAACAGAUACGCUUGUUGCUUAUACAGUUGAGAAGCUUGCUUCUUAAGUGGCUGUACUUCCUUUAAAACCAAGAUGAGCACUCUGUGGUCCUCCUGAUGAUAUUGGACUCCAUCCCCCAACAUGCCUGACUAUGGGCCAUGCUGGCUGGUGGGAACUGUGGUUCAACAACAUCUGGAGGGCCACAGGUUCCCCAUCGCUGCUGUAAAACAAGGAUGGCCAGCUGGUGACCUGUGAGUGAUCUCCAGUCCUGAAAUUAACUUUUUUUCAGGCCCCUAUUAAAUUUCAAUCAUAAUAAUAGUAACAUAUUUUCUAAAGUUUUCCUUUUGAAAAGGAAACAGUUUUCAAAAGUUGCAAGAUGUCAUACUGCUAUAAAUACAAAAGCUAAAGAGAGAUGCAGUUCUCGGCCAUGUGCGCUAUGACUUUGGAGCCCUUACUGUUAGAUGAUGCCAACUAUGUUGCAGGACCUGAAUGCAGUGGUUCCUCUGGAUGCGAGCAGGAUCCGUUCCGGAGCCCUGUUCGCAUCCAGAAGCGAAUGCAACCUGCGCGGGUCGCGAUUUGCUGCUUCUGCGCAUGCGCAUGAUGUCAUUUUGACCAUCUGCGCAUUCACGAGCGGCGAAACCUGGAAGUAACACGCUCCGUUACUUCCGGGUCGCCGCAGCGCGCAACCCGAAAAUACUUAUCCCGAAGCUGCUUCAACCCGAGGUAUGACUAUACUGAUAAAAUGUUCAGACUAACCUGCCAAAUAAAUUUCGGGCCCCAGCCCACCAUCUGGAAAGUAUAGUGACUCCUGAGACUAUAGAAGUUGGCCUUCCCUUCUCUAACCUUUACACUGACAUUACAUGGGUAUGGAUUGCUAUAUGUGGUGUAAAGAAGGGAGAGGUCAGAAUACUGGCAAGCUGCCCACAUCUCUCUCUAGUCAUCUGUGUCAGCACUUGCCUCGCAUAAUCCACAGCCUUCAAAAGAGGUAGCUGAACACAGUAUUGACCACACAAUGCCUCCUACACAGUAGUUUCUAGUCAAUUACAGGGCCAGUUUCUGCUUGCUAGUACUGAGCUGUCAUAUCAGUAGACUAGCAUAGGGUAGGUUUAAAUCACUGACAUCAGAACUAUACUAGAAAAUAUAUGGGAUUGACUUAAAAAGUGUUUUUCUUUUUAUUUACAAUGUUGUAGUGUUCACUGUUGCUUCUGUAAUGUGCCUUGAUGAUGCAAAUGAACUGCUCUGAUCGGUUGGUAACCUUUUACGUAACUAACUUUAUCACAAGUUAAGACAAGUUCUGUGUUCUACAAGGUCUGAAAAAGCCAUUCUGGGAAUAGGCUUGGUAAAUAUCUUAAGGUCACACAAAAAUGAGAAUGUAAGAAAGGUUGUCUAUCAUCUAUCUAUCUAUAUCUAUCUUCUGUUUUCAGAUGCCCUCUAGCAGAUAAUAAGCCUAGGGCAGGGGGUCAGCAAACUUUUUCAGCAGGGGGCUGGUCCACUGUCCCUCAGACCUUGUGGGGGGCUGGACUAUAUUUUGGAGAGGAAAAAAUGAACGAAUUUCUAUGCCCCACAAAUAACCCAGAGAUGCAUUUUAAAUAAAAGCACACAGUCUACUCAUGUAAAAACACACUGAUCCGCGGGCCAGAUUUAGAAGGCGAUUGGGCCGGAUCCGGCCCCUGGGCCUUAGUUUGCCUACCCAUGGCCUAGGGUUAAACUCCUUAACUGAUUUGUUGUGUAUCACCUAGGGCUGUAGAGAUUGAUGGGAUUUGCUACUUUUCAUUUUUUUUUUUUUUAAGAAUAUUUAUUCCAAUUUUAAAAUUACAGAAAAAGAAAAAAGUAGAAAAAGAAAAACAAAUCACAUACAUCUUAUACAAAAAACGAACAGUACAAAGAAAAAUACCAUAAACAAAAAAUCACAAUAAAAAAGUAACAAAAAAUCAAAUUAAACCUUUAGAGCCGUUUUCCCAUUUACUUAUUUCCGUGACUUCCUCUCACCUCUCUGCUCUGUACUCCAAUUUGAAUCGUAUCUCCAGCAAAUCCUUCUAACCUUCUUUUCAUUUACUUAUUUUAACAUUCGAAAGUAUUUAAUUCUCCUCUAUCUUUAUUUUACACUUCAUAUUUACUUAUUCCAUUAUACUCUGUCUGCCAAUACGGUCUAAUAUUCUUCUCCAACCUUUUCUAACAUUCUUUUAUAUUACAGUAUUUCUGAAGAUAUAUUUUAAAUUUUUUCCAAUCUUCUUCCAUCGACCCUUCUUCCUGAGGGAUUUGCUACUUUUCAGGCCACUUAGUGUUUGUCCCAUCCAGCAGUUUACCUUGGUAAUCCUCAAAAUAAACCUGGCAGGCCAGUAUUACUCUGCUCCCAUAUUAGAAACGGGUGAGAAACAUGAAACUGAGAGAGAAGCUCUUACUAAGGCCAAGCAGUGAAUUAAUAGUGGGGCUGAGCAUUGGACUAGAGAUCAAGCUCAUUGCGUAUGCUCUUAACCUUGCACAGUGUAAAAGUGUGUGCCUCAGCAUGUCUGAUACUGGUUCUAAGGCAUGUCUGCACACUCAUUGGUUCUCUGGUUUCAGAGCAUCUCUUCCUUAGUUCCUGAUGUGUUUGGAUUUGCCCUAAGCUUGACUUGAAUAAUCAAUCAUAUGGUUAAUGUUAGAUUUUUGAGAAGGUCCACUGUCAUAACAAGUCACUUAUAUAGCUGUUUAUAGCAGAAGAGCCUGACAUAUCAGACCCCCAAUAUUGUAUAUCUGAAGUCCAUAGUGGAAAAUGUUUUGUUUAAUCACAAGUGUUUAUAGCCCAAUGGUAGCUGCUUUUUCUUUAACCAUUGCAUCAAACAGCCUUUUGCCAAUGCCCACUCCUUCCUCUCUCCACUCCCCAGUAAGAUUGAAUGAAAACCGAGGGACAUAAAGAUGGUGUUUCGAAGUGGUUUCGUCAGCUUUGAUGUGCAUUGUAGCCACCAUGACCUAUUUCAAAAUUAAACAUUGAUUGAUCCUGGUUUAAACAGGUUUUGCUUCAGGUUUAAGUGUACUUGUUUGGCUACAAUUGGAAUCCUACAAAAAAUAAAGUUUUAUUGGUGAAUCUUAACAGUUGAAUUACCAGCUCUAGAGGAAUGCAUAGCAUGCAGUUUGUCUAGUCUCCUCUCACCCUGAUCAACUUUUUAAAGUGGUUAACUAUCAAGUGGACUUUGCUCAAAGUCUAAACUAAUUUCUUCUAUGAUGCUCCUGCCCAUUUUGUUGCACACACUUCUUGUGAGCUUGUCUUUUUACUGCCUGUGCUUGGGAGUAGGGACUGCGAAACAACAGUGCAACCCAACAUUGGCAUUGUUGAGCUUAGAGGAGGAGUUCUUUCUAUAUACCUUGAUAAAGAGUAGGAAGUAAUCUGCAGUACAAGGUGGCAUGGCAAACAUCUAAGGGAAAGCAUACACCUGUGUUUUCAAGUUGUUUCUGUUUUUGUCCCCAGCCUUUUCCCCUUUAUCAGUGUGUGUUCUCUUCUUUACUGCUCAGGAUUUCUUCAAAUGACUAGUUUUUCUAGGCUGAAGUCCUUGGCAGAUGUCUACACCUGGAUAAGGCAAUUGCUGAAGGCUAUGGGUGGUUCUACUAAAUCACGUGACCUGCUAUGUAUAACUUUAUACAGAAAUUGCUCUCUGUAUAUUUGCUGUGUGCUUUUGCCAACAUCUAAAUGGAGUUAGUUGUGGUGGAGAACAGUGAUCCCAAACUGGAAGCAUCUUGAUAAGUCUCGCCUGUGCUUAUAAUAUGUCUGACAGAGGGCUGCAGAGAUAGUAUCUGAAACAGAAAACCUGGGAUUAAAAGACUCUAAUUUUACAGAAUGCAGACUAGGGCUCUUCUUCUGGAGUGAGAUCAUGAUUCUCCAUGUAGAAAUGGGCAGGGUGUGCGAGGGUGUAUGGAGAGAAACAAUUUGCCAGCAAUACUAACUGGGUGAAGAAACAGUCUGAGGAAUGUGCCUAUACGGUGGUAAUUACAUUCUCAGAAACCAGCUAUCAGUCUAAAGGGUUUGGGUUGUAAACCCGGCUAAUGCUAGCAACAUCCUUCCACUUGAGCCCAUGAGCUCAGCGCUUUUCAGAAAAUGUCAAUACAGUGAUGACAAUUUAAUGCAUAUAGUGCAAACUUUGUUUUGCAGUUCUAGAAUAUUGUGACAGAAGCUGCAUGGCCAAGAAGGGAGUAUAUUUCCCACACCAAGAUUCUAUUUUUCGUAUAACACUAUCUUCUGUUAAAAAUUAAUGUAAAUAUUUGUAAUAAAACAAAGUAAUGAGGAGGAAGCAUUAUUUUGCACAGUAUUGUGUGCAUUACGCAGGCACAAUUACUACUGGAACCAAGUGGAAAUCAGCAGUGGACCAGUUUUAAGAAUUGCCAGCCAACUUCCUUUUUUCCAACAGGGAUGUACCACAGUUAGCUCCUCAUGCCCAUUGUUUUGAAAGGGACAUUGGAACAGUGUCUUGUUGGGGGGAAAUAACACAGUUGCAUCCUGCAUUCCUAAACAUUAAAGCUUUGGCAAUGUGGCGAGGAACAUAAUUGUGCUAUAAUGUCAUAUUGUUUCUGUGAGCUGUUGUAUGGCUUCAAACAGUCUUUUUUCAAUAUGUGAAAAAAAUAAAUUGGCACGUCUGGAAAAACUGUCUAGCUUAACUUUCUCAGAUGGUCACUUUUAAGUUGGUUUUGUUUUUGUUUUAAAUGGGGGAAGAGUCAGGCAAGCACAUCCCACAUGCAGCUUGAAGUGGUCCAGAACCCCUUGGUUCUGCUGAUCGGCAUGAGAGGGUAAAUAGAUAACGUUAUUAGAUCAGACUCUGGUUUUAUGAUGUGCCAAACCUUUAAAGCAGCUGUGGUUGAUGGGAGUUGGAGAGCACCAAACAUUUGGAAGGCACCAAGUCAGCAAAGGCUGUUCUAAAGCAAAAUUCCCAUGUGAAGCAUGGGCUAAGCAGAUCUGGUUGGUGGCAUCUCACUCUAGCCCAGGACAGAUCAUAAGGAAGAAAGUGGCAUCAUACGUGGUUAGAGGCAUAGACUGCAGAGGAGUGAAAAGCUGUUACUGGCAACUUCUCAAUCAGUAGGAAGAUCCAGAUAUAAAACAUACAGAGAUAAUAAUAAUAAUAAUAAUUUAUUAUUUAUACCCCGCCCAUCUGGCUGAGUUUCCCCAGCCACUCUGAGCGGCUUCCAAUCAAGUGUUAAAAACAAUAUAGCAUUAAAUAUUAAAAACUUCCCUAAACAGGGCUGCCUUCAGAUGUCUUUUAAAGAUGUCCAUGUUGCACAGCUGGAAAGUUGAAAGCUUUAGGACCUAAUGGGGGGAAAGUACAGUGAGUUGGAAGGGCACCUCCAGAGGCUCACAGAGGCUACGCUUUGAAAGACAGCCAUCAUUAUACUUUUUAGAAUGUAGCUCUAAGUACUGUACUUGGGAUUUUCAGAGUAGUUACUUCCAUUCCACUGGCACUAACCAUCCUUCGAAUGUUGUUUCUAUUUGAGGACUAAAUGGUACAUUUUGUUUAAUGUUGAGAGAGCUGAUAAAUCAGUUAAAUCUGCGCUCCUUUCCAUGCUGAGGGAAAUGUCGUCAUCAAUGUUGUUGUUUUUCAUAAUUUACCAUUUAUUAAGGAAAAUAAUAAAACACAGCAAAUUAGUAACUAUUUGUUAUGAAUCAUGCCAACUUUUGUAAAUCAAUGCUCAUAAAAACGUUCUGGUAACAUGUCUGAGCAUAUAUAAGUUCAUAGGUUUUUAACUCCAUUCUGUACUUUCACUUUCAACAAAUUUGAAUCAAUAUCUUAACAUCUAUUCUUUCUUUCUUUUUUUUAAAAAAAUUAUUAAAGUUUUCUUGGUUUACAAAGGUAUGCACAAUGUUUCUUUUUUCAAGUUACAUUUUCCAUAGGUCAGUUUCAUCUGUUGAGACAUUAGGGUUACAUUAGGAAGAAAGGGGGGGAGAGAUGGAGGGGGCAAAGGCGAGUGGGGGUGGGGUCGGGAGGCAAUGUUUCUAUUUUACUUAAUGUAUGUGAUGGGUUGUGUGUCAGCGUCGCUUGUGCGGGUUCUCUUUACUAUUCGCUUGUGUUUCCUUGCUGGUGAGAGAGGUUGGGGUUGGCCUCGGGUGUGGUUCCUUGUUUGUGAUUGGCUGUGCUGAACUUUGUUUUCAUGUGUGAGUGGGGUGGGUAGGUGUUUUUUUGAAUCAGGUUAGCCGUAUUGAUUCGUAUGCUGUUGGUGGAUUCUUGUCGUUGUCUUGUUGGGCUGUGUAUGUGAUAAAGGGGAGCCAUACCGGGGUGAAGGUAUCUUCUUCUAUUUGUCCGCUUGUCAGUUUCAGGUUUUUCAUGGAUGGUGGGCCCUCCCGACUCAACUCUUCCAUCUGCUGUUCCCAGGCAUGUCUCUCCCCGCACUCCUUUUCCCCUCCCCAACCAAAGAGGCCUCUAAAUUCUGCAGAAUAGACUGGUGUACAGCUGUUGGUCUCUAGGGUUCUACUUCUGGAUGGCUCUGAACUUUGCCUUUCAUGUUGUUUUGGAUUUUCUUCUUGGAGGAAGUAAUUGAGUAAACUAGUUAAUAGCAGCAGAAGUGUGAACAAUGAAUCUCUCCAUCAUCAAAGCAGAGGAACUGAUUACAACGAGUAACAGAAAAAUGGAGUUAGAGUAAAUACCCCCCCUUUCCUUUCCUUUUGCUCCAUUUUGUAAUAGCUACACCCCUUCAUAUUAAUGAAUCCCAAUAAAUGUAUCUUUGUCUUCACAAAGUUUUUUUUAAGAGUUUUGUUCUGAUAUAAUAGCUUGGAAGUCCCCCCCUCCAAAAUACAGUGGGUACCUUGGGUUACAUAACGCUUCAGGUUACAUACGCUUCAGGUUACAGACUCCGCUAACCCAGAAAUAGUACCUCAGGUUAAGAACUUUGCUUCAAGAUGAGAACAGAAAUUGUGCUCCGGUGGCGCAGCGGCAGCAGGAGGCUCCAUUAGCUAAAGUGGUGCUUCAGAUUAAGAACAGUUUCAGGUUAAGAACGGACCUCCGGAAUGAAUUAAGUACUUAACCCCAGGUACCACUGUAUAGGGAUUAUUAUAUCAGGCAGUGUUCACCUGGCUGGUGCUUUGAAGUGCUGGAACACAUUCAGUUGUUCCCUGAGUACAUCGGGCACAACUAAAGAGUAAAAAUGUAUGUUCUGUAUGUUAAUAAUAAUAAACAGAGUUGUCUGGUAGUCUGACUGGGAAACUUGCUUGGGUACAUGCCUGAAGCAAAUAUUGAGUGCUACUAAACCUAGAGCAAUUUCUACAUUAUGGAAAUAGGUAAAAAAAAAAUAAUCCUCUGCACUGAAAAGAACCACGAAUCUUCACAGUGAAACAAGUCAUCAAACUCCAAACUGUAAAUAGGACUUGGUGGCCAAUAUUCUCUCUUUUUUUUUUUUUUGCAGUGAUUCCUAGUGUAAAUAAAACACAUUAAAUAUAGUUCCACAAACUAUUUUAAGUCUGUAAAUAUGUUAAAAAUGAAAUAUCCAUUUGCAAUGGGUUGAAAAUUAUAAAUUUUGCCCCAUGGUUUGGUGUUUUGUUUUUUGGUUAAUGCACAAUUUUUCUGCUCUACUUGGCUCCUCUUGUUCCGUGGCUAGGGCACAGUACACAGAUUGUGUCAUCAUUGUUCAUAAAAGCACUUGUAAUCAAUGAGAAUGCCAUGGCAAAUAACAGGAAUUCUAAGGGAAACAUGAGGAAUACAUGCAGCUUUUGCUAUUUAUCCAGUUAUGUCUUUGGUUCAGUUGUUUUAGGAAGAGGUUGAAGAAUGUAUGAAUCAUUUGCAAUUUAUCAAUUAAAGCCUCAAUGUGUUUGUGUUUGUUGUGCUACAGUAGCUUUUCCCCAACCCAGUGCCCAGUAGUCAAAAAUAUCUGGAAGGCACCAGAUUGGGGGAGGCUGCAUUAUAACAAGAAAGGUUUAAAUAUUGGGGAAACUAUCUGACUCUGAUGUAAGCUGCCAAAUAGGAAAGCAGGACAGCCAAGCUCUUCGAGGCUUGUCUAGAAAUGAAUGGAUCCUGUCCUCUGAGGGAUGGUUUGGGAAUGAACUCACUCCUCCUACAACAUAGAGACGGGAGGGAGCAGAUUGGUUAAAUUUAUUGAGCUGGAAGUGAUCUGGCUUUCGUAAGUAAGUUGACAUUGAGGUUAGAAAUGUACAUGACACAAAUGGCAAAAUGCUUUGAAAGUACUGAAGUACUGUAAUACAGCUGAUUCAUCUGGAGAUGAGUCAGGAGAAGUGAUACCAUUACAUAUUAAAGUUAAAAAUACUCCACCUUCAGCUGAUGAGGGUGGUAACAAGCAAAUAUUUAGCUGUGAGCACAUAUGCUAUAAAAUGGUACUAUUUAGGUGCUUGGAGAAAGCUGAGGAUUUAUUCUCUCACCUAUUUCUGCAUUAAUGAAUUAAUGGUGUCUUUUCCUUUAGAUGUGGCACAUUUGUUCACUUUCAGACAUAAUGAAAGAAAGGUAGAAGCUGGAGCGCUCUAAUUUCUCAAUUGAGCAAUAUCUAUCUUGUCCCCCCCUUGGAUUGAAGGCAAAAUAAGAUGUAUGGUUGUCUGUAGAACUGCUGUGGACAGCAUUCUGAAUAAAUUGGUGUCUGUUGGCAAUACGAAUUACAGUAUCCUGAAACUAAGAAAAUUAUACGCUUAAUGUUAGAGAAACAUCUACGGAGUCAUAGCUUUGGAGACAGGCUGGCUAAGCAUAUAAAGUCUAGUACAGAUUUUUGAGGUACAGAAAUAUAUUGGGCCCAUAUUACUGACUAUCAGGAGCACAGAGGAGUGUUGAGUCUUUGAUCUGGCAAGCUGGUCUGUUUACAUUGGAGACAUCCAAUAUAGUUCCAUAUGCAGUUAUUAACUGCUGGGAGAUUUAAGAAGCUGAGUGUCCUGAAAUCCCUUAGGUUGAUUCUUCUCUGCCUUGCUGUUUUGCUAAGGUUUCUGGUGUGGAAAUGUCAUCUGCUGCUUGGAAGAUGUGUCACUUGUGGGACUGGAACACUUGUCUAAAUCUUCUCUGAAACUGGAUCAGGCAUUUGAAAUAGGCAUAGAUUCCAAGGGAGAGGCCGGGAAAUGCUCGUUCCUGGCUGCUUUCUCAACCAGGUGACUCUUCCUUAGGGAGUGCCCCCUGGACAAGGAAAAACACCCAUUGCACAAGUGUGCAUGCAUAGGAUUUACUUGCUGCUGUUCAGCACAAGAGCAACAGCUCCUUUGUUGAAUACUAGCUUAUCAAGCUCCUCUUCAAAAAGAAUACUGUGUUUAAAAGCUUUACUGUGCCAUAGCUGCAGCCCUCGAAGUGAACUUUGGGUCACUCCAAAAAUGUGAGUACUAGUGUUUCUUUAUGUGUCAUCUUAAAGGCCCAAUGGAUUAACUACAGGUGGCGGCAAUGCAAAUCUUAAAUUUAAUCUAAGCAGUACAGGUAUUUCCUGUUGCUUUGCUUGUUUCUUUACUGAAUGAUGACAUGUUUCUUGCUUUUUGUUUUCUUUGUUAUUGGUGUCUGAUUUGCAUUGCGUGCAAUGUACUUUUGUUGGUUUGCUUGAUUAUAUUAAGUCUCAAUAAUACAUUGUAAAAUCUAAACUAAGAUUAUUUAUAAUUGAAGUUGAUACAGAACAGCCUCUGCUCCUCACCACAAAGUUUGUCAUUAGCUCUUGGUGGCUGUUGCUCAGUCACUUGUGCUCACAUCCUGGCUAGUAUUGUAAGCAGGUCUUAUUGUGACACAAGGUGGCAGGGAAGAUAGAGAACACAGCGGGGACCUGGAAAGGUUUCUUGUCUUGGAAUCCACUUUCCCAGAGGUCUACUGAAAGCUGGCUUUAUUCUUGUUUAUUUGCAGAAUAAUUAAUAUUAAUAGUAUAAUAAUGACUGUGGGUAAUGUGGUUUCAAUGGAGUGAUUGAGAAAAUAUUCCUGAAGUAUGAAGAGAAAGUGAGUAAUGAGUAGGUAGAGGGUCCUGCAGGUCCUAAGUAGAACCAUGUCAGGCUGGAUUCCUUACUCCAGUUUGGAAACACUGGAACAUGAGAUUAUCCCAGUUGACAAACCUCAUUGGACUUUGAGCCCCAAGUCCCGUAAAGAUUACCUCUACUUGCUGAUGUGCUGUAUGUUUGGAUGCAACAUAGGGUAAUAAAAUACAUUAGCUUUUAUCUGGUCACAAUAGGUUGGAUACCCCAUGGGCAGCUUGUCUAUUGGUGUGUGCUGCUGCCAACCACAGAGGCACUGAGUGGUCCUCUUGGUGGAAAAGCUUCAGAUGGUUGCACUUUUCUUAAACUUUUACUCAAGUGCCCAGGCACCACCUGGGUGUAUUGAAGGGUGGUGCACAGGGAGAGGUUCUGUUUUCAGUAAACCUAUACAGGUGGAUAAUUUAUAGCCAGGCUUCCUGGAAUGUGUGGGCAUGUGACGACAGCAGUCCAUAUGUUUCAAAGCUAUAGGUCAAAUAAUUCAAGUAAUGAGGAAUUCCCCCCCCACACUUAAAUUCUGGCUUGUUCUGUGUUUGCCUCCCAACACAAACAUUCUCAGCGUUAACUCUAGAAACUGAAGAACCAGAUGCUUUAAUUUGUUUGAUUUGGCAUCUUAAAGUCAUUUAAAUAACCCCUGAGCUGCAGAUUCGGGACUAUGUUUUUUGUGAAUUUGGUGUUACAGAAUGGUAGCUUGGACCUAGAGUUUGUACGUUCAAAAAACAAAAGAAACUCAGACAGGGAGAAAGUGCUUAUAAUUUGAGAGGGAGGAGGGUGUUGGAGGGGCACAAUUACUAUAGUUAGAGAAACUCAAUCCACUGUAGAGGAGUUAACCUUUCCCAAACAAGUAUAUUUAAGUUCUUAAAGCAAAAACAAAAAGACUGGGCUACCCCAUGGGUCACUCCUACUUGACUUCUUAAUUAUUACUUUCUGGGCUCUCCCUAGUUUAGCUCGCAAGGAAUCAGCAGUUGUAUAGAUGUGUUUAAUAACUUAAGUGGUCCCUGUAUGAGCAUCCCCACGUGGUGCUGUGCAUAAGUCAAUAUAUAUUCUGCCUGCAGAAGUUUGCAGCAUUGCUUGGGGCCCAGUCGGAGCAAAUCCAGCUGGGUAAACUUCAUUUCCUAGCCCUUCAGAUAGAAGAAAUCACUUGUUGACUCAAAUUAUGUGGAAGCUGAAUUUUGAUUGUCCAAAGGAUAUUUAUUGUUCAGUGAGUGUUGUUUUUAUUUAAAAAUGAGAUGCAUCUUUGAAAACCAUAAAUAAACAUAAUUUUUAUCUUGGCUGUAGGAUGCCCAGAGGAGGAAGUCAGGCAGAUUAAUUGGGGCAGGUGGGAGAGCUGGGCUGUGGGCCAGUGCUGCCUGGACAGGGGAUCCAUGUUUGUGUUGGCUCCUUCCGGUUGGUGAGGAGCUGUUGCUUUGUACAGCUGUCCUGACUAGGCCUUUUCAUACCACCCUGAUACUUCUAAACUCUGGGGUAAUAUCUUUUUACAGUAGGACUUGGCAUAUUUCCAGUAUGUUUGCUAGAGAGUGACACCUUGGAUUGCAGGGGGUAGCUGCUCCUCUUGCUAUAUUUGAGAGUGCCCCUCCCUAGAUUCUGCUGAAACUGAGAAGUACACUCUGGGUGAGAGGGUUUUCUUAGUUGUCAGAUGCAGUAGCUGUAUUUGAGUCAGGCCAGUGAGAAUUGGCUACAAAGCUGCGUUGACUCCACUUUUUCCAGUGUACUAAGCAAGCACUUUAAGAACCUAGAGACGUCCCUUCCAUCCCUUGGUAUCUGGCAGCCUUGUGUUUGGGUAUGUAAAUCUGUAACGAAACUGGGACUCUUAAAACGUGUGUGAGGGAAAGUGAGCCUAGUUUGUUGGGACGGAGUCUUCGGGCUUGCUUGGUAGCUGAUUUAACUUCCUUGGUGGUCAGGUGAGCUAGGGCUGUCAGAGUUUUCAGUACCUAAACCAGGAGCAUGCAUUUUAAAAACACUUUCCCACGUAACAGAAGAGGGCCGAUGUGGCAACAUAGCAGUGGCUUAAUCUCCUUCUGUUUGGGUGCCAGUUUUUCUCUUAAGGAUCUCUCGGAGCAUUCAGUAUCAUGGAAACUAUUGCCACAAGCGUUUGAAGGGAGGAUGAAACCCAGUCCUUUGUGCCAUGGGAGCUCUGCCUUGCCAUGGGAGCAAGUUGGAUACCUUUCCAGGGUGUGGGGCAGCUUUUUAUAGCAAGGAAUGUGCAAGAGGCAAUGAGCAACAGUCAAGUGUGUCCAUCAGUCAUUAACCAUGAGCUAACCUUUAUAAUGAGCUAUGAUAAUGGAAUUCUCCUGUCACCAAAACAGGCUGUGUAGGGUGCCUGGGAACCUCUAUUUUUGCUGUAUACAGUACAUGCAUGCCAGCUGAGACCACUGACACAGUCUUACUAGAAUUGUAGUGGCUAGAUAAGCAUGUGUAUAUUGUCGAGUGAAUAUCUAGGAAAGUGAGACCGAGGAGGUGGUUUUAGGGUAGCAUGACCAGUGCGCCAGAACAAUGCUAUAGGACAGAGCACAAGAGGUGGGGGUGCCAGGUGCCACUAAAAUUUGAGAGCCCAAAGUCUGCCACUGGAGGCUGCUAGGGUGAAAAGUGAGCAAAUGCACUACAGUGUAGCCACUCUUGUGGUGGUAAGAUAUAACUAUGGUCUGCUUAAACCCAAGAGCUUAAGCGCUGACAAUAUUAUUUUGUUCUGUUAAACAGCUUGGUAAGUUCUUUUCCUCCCAGAAAGGGAAUAACCAAAAGUCCUUUGAUAAUACCGUAAGAAUCAAGGCAGUCUGCAGAACCUUGGAGAUUGACUGAUGACAUUAGCUUUUUGUAGGCAAUGUAGUAAUUUUGAAUAUUACAUAGGGGCUUGGAUGUACUGAAAUGACACAUCUAGUCCCUUAAAAAUCUAUAUACAGUGUUCCUCAGUGGAUUCAGCUGUUGCAGGAGCAGCUUCCAGAUUUCUCCCCUGGGACAGAUAUCCCUUACCAGAGAUGCCUCCCACACUCCUGACUGUGAACUGAAUUGGAAAAGUAGGCAGCUGGGGUGAAUGUACCUUUGUACACUUGGGCAUGUCCCAGUCUGGCCCUAACCCAACUCCUCCCAGCAUUAUGGAAAAGACUUGUCCUGUAAGUACUUUGUGCUACUAGUGGUACUUGUAUGUGAAGAUUCCCCCACAAGGAACCAGAAGGCCUACCUCAUUCUUGUCCCUGUAGAUAGUGACCAACAUUCCUAUAUAAUGGGGCUAGCCUGUUUGGGUUUAGAUGACACUCUACUUUUCAGUGUCUCAUUGGAAUUGCCAUGUUCUGCUACAUAUACAGUUAUUUUGCUUUUCUUCCCAGCUGCUCCAAAAUCUGCAAAAAUUCUCUGCUGCAAGGAAACCAGAGUGAUGUCAUCAGAAGAUGAUACUGGUGGGGAGGCACCCAGUGGCAGUUUCUGGGAGGUAAGAGAGGGCAAGAUGGAAAUAAAAGGGUUCACCUUUGUCUAGAGUCACAUAGGAUGUGCUAAGAAAUACUACAUCAACCUUGGUUUCAGUACCUCCUGGCAGAGAAGUACUGACAGCAAGCCUAGGACAAGUUGUCAUUGGAUGCCCCCUUUUUUAAAUGGUUCCACGAUCCUUAGUGCUGAAUAAUAAUAAUAAUAAUAGUCCCUGGAAUGUGUACAUAACAGACAAGCCAGUUACCGCCCCGCCUUGCUUGCUCCAGCUGAGAAUUUGGGUGGGGUCCUGGGAUGGGAGUGAACCUAGAGCUCAGAAGCCUUCAAAAGGCUUGCCUGUUCUGCCUAAAGAUAUAUCUGAGAUGUGUGCAAGAAUGACUGAUGGUGUUAAUCUAAUUUCAGCCUGGCAACUACAAGCGGACAGUGAAGCGAGUGGAUGAUGGCAGCCGGCUGUGUAACGACCUUGUCUCCUGCUUCCAGGAGAGAGCCAAAAUUGAGAAGAGCUAUGCACAGCAGCUAACAGACUGGUCCCGCAAAUGGAGGACUGCUGUGGAGAAGGGUACAGUAGAGAAAGCACAUCACUCAAGAUGGAACUCCUGUCUCUUUAGGGAGGAGGAGGAGGGAAACCCCAACACUUUGAAUUGGCUUGCCCCCUGAGCUAAGAGUUAAUGAAGUAGAGGUGCUGACCUGGCAACCAUGAGCAAGAUAACAUCGCAUCUUGGGGUUAGGCAGGGAAAACAAAAGUUAAUAAAUUUGGAGAGGAAUGUUUAAGGGGAGAGAGAGGACAGAAACCUUUCCAGAUGUAGCAAGGAUAUAGUAAAGGAUUAGAUUUAGUUUGGAGUGUAUUAUGGGAAAAACUUUUUGGUUUUCAUGUUUGUUCUUCUAAGUGUCAGUAUAAACAUUUUUCUAGUAUUAAAGACAUAACAUUGUCUAAUUGACAUGUGGCCGGUAUGCUCUAUAUUUCCCCCUUUUUUAUUUACCUACCCAGCAAAUAUUUAACUAUUUAUUUGUUGGGUUAUUGUGAGGUUAAAAUAUUUUUUUUAAUGAAAGAAAAUAAACGUGUUAUUUGGUCCAUUUUCCACUACUGUUGCUAUGGCGGAAUCUGCUCAAAUUAAUUAUUGUACAAGAAAUGGCUUUGUUAAAACAAGUAAAGUGUCCCUUUAGCUGUUGGACACUUGAGUUCAAACCUGUUUGAUUGGCUGCAUGACCCAUGGAGCUGAUCCCUGAAGGAGGCAACAUUGCAAGCAACACCCCUUGUGCUGCUGUUCACAAGAUACUUUGACAGGUGAGUGGGGCAGCUGCCUCACAGGUGGGUUGAUCCACCCACCAGUCAAAAGUUGGCUUGCGGAAUGGAGGCAUGGAUAACCAUCUGACCUACUGGGCCAAAACAAUUCCCCAUCCCUCGUCUAUAGGAUAAAUUCUGAGGGGAAGACAAUUCUACUUUCAUGGCUUUCAGCUACUGUCCCAUUAACUAAGUACUAAGUGCCACACAGGUCAGAAGAAUUCAUCAGCCCACAGAAUCUGGUCAACAGAAAGACUUCUAGGAGGAGCAGAGGAGCAAAAAAUAACCUGGCACAGUGUACUGGGAAGGCUAUGUGUGAUGGUAACAAGUAGGCGAUGAGAGACUUGGGUGCAGGUUGGAGGACUGCCAGUACAACUCUGGAUGAUCAUUUCUUGGAUUAUAAAGAUGGGGAGUCAAUCAAGUCUUUAUGCAACAGAGACUGAGCAGAAGUUUGUUGGCACACACUCUAGUUGCAGUUACCUAGGGUUGAGCUCAACAAACUUUCUGUAGGAGGCAAAUGCACUGUCUCACACUACUAUCAAUAUGUGUUCCUCCCACGCAGCUCUUUCUUUUUGAGCAGUAAAUGUACUUUUGAGAUAGAUGACUUUGGUAACAAACAAAGCCUGGCUUCCAAACCUGGUUCCUUCUGUACUUGCAUAAUUACAUUGCCAUGUCAUCUUUGUUGGUUCAUCUAGGCCCUCAAUAUGGCACACUGGAAAAAGCCUGGCAUGCAUUCCUGACAGCUGCAGACAAACUUAGUGAGAUCCAUCUGGAAGUACGGAACCGCCUGGCUGCUGAAGACUCGGACAAGAUUAAGGCCUGGCAGAAGGAAGCCUACCAUAAACAGAUGAUUGGUGGCUUCAAGGAGACAAAGGAAGCAGAGGAUGGAUUCCGCAAGGCCCAGAAGCCCUGGGUGAAAAAAUUGAAGGAUGUGAGUAAGAAGUUGCAAGCAGGAGAUGGGGGAAUAAACAGAAUAUCAAACAUCUCGAUAAGCACCCUUGGAAUUAUUUGAUUAAUCAGCUUUAUGGUCUGGGACUUAACAGAUGGCAAAACAGCUCAGUCAGCCUAUUGUCCAGCCUCAUGUUGCUGGUCAUAGGUUAGGCAGUGUUGAGAUGUAAAUUGUACUUUGCUGCGUUCCUGCCACUUCCUCUUGAAUACAGCUGCUUGUCUCUGUAUGUGAUGGGAAAUAACACUGCUGAUACAUUAUUCCAUAUGACAUCUCUGUUAGGUGGAAACUUCAAAAAAGAAUUACCAUAGUUCUCGUAAGGAGGAAAAGACGGCUCAGACACGCGAGAAUCAUGCCAAAGCCGAUUCCUCUGUAUCGCAGGAGCAGAUGCGUAAACUGCAGGAGCGUGUCGAGAAGUGUGCUCAAGAAGCUGAGAAGGUAGGUAAUGUUGGAAGGUGGUACUUUGGCCAUUGACUCUCUUAAGAUGAGGGAGAGUCCUAAAAGCAGGAACAAAAAUCAGGGCCUUUUCUGUGGUGGUCCACCUGCCUGUGGAACAGUGCCAGGGAGUAGUUAGGCAAACUCUGUCACAGAUCUCUCUUAAGAAGACUUUUCAAAGCUUUUUUAGAAUGACCUUUAGAGAUUGAAAGGCGAUGGCAGCAAUUGCUGGUUUUGUCUUAUUUUCAUGUUUGAAUACAAUGUGAUUUUAUAGUUGUAUAAUUGUUUUGUUUUGAAAAGCAUUUUACUGUUUGUAAACUGCUUUGUUGGGUAACCAACCAGAAAAGUGGCAUGGCAGUUUAAAAAAUUAAAUAAAAGAAACAAACUUGAUUUUGGAUCUUUGUCACUGACUAAAUUCUGUGGGUGGAGAGGCAGCCCAGUGCUUCAAUGGAUAGUCCUUUAAGCAGAUGGGCCAUUGCCCUUGGCUGCAGUAUUUGCUGCCCCCUAACCAGACAGAGAACUGAGAAAGCAUCAAGGCCCUGUUGAGCCCCUAAACUGAAUGGUGCUCAUGGAAGAGAGCUGUAUAAGUCAAUUACUAUACUCUCAUUCAACUGGUAAAACUAAGAGAGUAACCAGCAAGAAACAUGGGUCCCACCUUGGUCCCAAUACUCCUGAGCAUUAUAGGCUGUCAACAGCUCUCAAAUGUUUUGUUUUUGGUUCCCUGCAGUGCAAGGAUCAGUAUGAGAAGAUGCUGGAUGAGCUCAAUCGCUACAACCCUCGGUAUAUGGAGGACAUGGAACAGGUCUUUGAGGGCUGUCAGGAAGCAGAAUGCAAACGGCUGUGCUUCUUCAAAGAGAUGUUCCUGGAUCUGCACAACCAUCUGAACCUAUCUACCAAUGAUAGGUGUGUGUGUGUGUGUGUGUGUGUGUGUGUGUGUGUGUAAGUGUAAAUGAGGGCUUCUCUGCCCUUAUUGCAUCCUGUGGGAUGAGAACUAUUGAAGGUUUUUUCCUCCUUGUAAGGCUACAUCUCCUGGUACUAUAGGAACAUAUUUCUGUUUGUCCUUUCCUUACAUGCCUAUGUAGCUUUCCAAACAGUGUCCCUUAUGCUUGUUGUGUGUUCCUUCAUGCCUGCAGCUUCCAUGCACUUUACCGGGAUUUGUAUCAGGGAAUAAUGGCUGCAGAUGACCAAGAGGACCUGAAGUGGUGGCGUCAAACCCAUGGACCAGGCAUGGCUAUGAACUGGCCUCAGUUUGAGGUAAGCCAUCUCUCUCUGGUGGGAAAUACUAGGGAACUUGCCCCCUUUAGGUUGUAAAGUAAGUCAUGUCUUGUAUCAUCCUGCUGAAAUCAGCACUCACCACUAUUUCUCUAUGGAAUAGAAAUGAGAUGUGUAAUAUACCUGGCAUGAUAGGAACAUGCAAAGUUACCAGCCCAGAGUAUUUGUCAAUCUAACCAAAUAUUGACUACACUGCACUCCAGGGUGUAACCUGAUCCAUUUUUAGUGGAGUUGUCUGGGAUCAAACCUGGGACCUUGUUCUGCAAAUAAGCAAUAAAUUCCCCUCCACAUAAAGGAUGUCCAUUGUCUGUGUUGGAUGGGAGGGGGAGAGGAAGCAUUCAAUUAAUCUUCUGAAAUAUUUUUGGAACUAGGGACUGAUAACUUUCUCCCCUCUAGGAAUGGUCUUUGGAGACACAGAGGCCAAUCAGCAAGAAGGAAAAAAGUGGGAAAAGCGGUGAAGAUGUGACUUUGACUAGCAUUGUGCCUGCAGGUGAUGGUGUGAAACAGACCCCUACACCGACAAAGCAAAGGCAAGUUGCAACCUGUAACACUCGGGUUCGAAAGCAGAGAUGGCAGUGUUAUUGCAGGAUGGCUGACUCACCAAAAAUGGGUAUAGCAAUACCUUCUGCUUCCUUUUGAGAAUAUGAAUUCCCAUUAACAAGAGCAUACAGAGGCUAGGCCCUUGCAAAUUUUGAGAUAAAUGUCAUAGUCUAAUGGAAUGCAGGGCUGCUGUUAGACCUGCUGGAAGGGCAGAAGCUAUGACUGGCACUGUGCCUCUCCUCUGUCCCGCCCUAAUGUAGCUCUGCCUCUGCUUGUUCCACCCAUUAGUCUCAGAGUGAGGAUGCUGGCAGGAUUUUCCUCUCCAGCUGUUGCUGAUCUAAGGGAAAGAAGAAUAUUCCUCCAGCUGCAACAAAGGCAGUUCUGGAUUCUUGAUUUGCAUCUGUUCACUAUGAAGAGAGAUGUCAGCUAGCCAGGCCCUUCUUACUCAAACACAGUUCAUGUUAGUUCUACAGUGAAGUUAGUAGAUAGCAAACAUUCUGGCUUUCGUAGCUGGGUGCUUUGCAUUCAAAACCCGACCAGAUGGCAUACUGAGCAUGCUGGUCCAGUGGCUGUUGGCACAAGAUUACAAAGAAGGAAAAGACAAGAGAAGUACAGGAAAUAAUAAAUUCCUAUCUUAACCUUUACUGCAAUGUAGAGUCUGCUUUUGUUAACACGAAUAUCACCGGCAGUAGCUAUUCUGCAGCAUAACCUUGCCCUUUUCUCGAUUUAAAAAGGCUUGUUUGCCAAUCCACAGGUAUUCAUACCAGGAGGAGCAAAACAGUCACUUCUAUGAUACCCUGAAGGCCUCGGCCUGUAUGAAGUUAGUAUGAAACUUAAGACUACUUAGGGUACCUGUUUCCUUGCUUCUCCUUUGCUGUAGCUUCUUAAUACUUUCUAGUUAAGGAGAUGGGCAGUGUUAGCACACUCUUUUUCAAUUUCUCCCAAAUAGACACCUUUUUAGCUUUCUUCAAAUAGACCACCUUCUCUCUACCCUGAUUGUAGUCACUUAGGGCUUUUAAUGUAGUUAUUUCCAGAACUGGUCAAUGUUACUGGAAAGAUUGUGUUUUUGAAGACCUGCUAUUCUGCUCAUUCUCUUUUUCUCUCCCCCCACUCCCGGCUAAUGGUGACUUCUUUGCCUUCCAUGUUUUGCAUCUUCCUCUUAUUUGUUCUUCUCCUAGAAAGAUGCAUGAUUUGGAAAUGGGACGCUUUAAAUAAAGAAGGACCUUUGGGUUUUAAAUGACCUUUCUUUCUCAUUCUUCCUCUUCCCCUAUCCCCUUGCACAGUGGAGGGAAAGAAGAAAUCUCAGAGUGGUCGGAUGAGGACACUCCCAAGAAGCGCCCAGAAGUCAAUGGGCAUGAGGACGACAUAAAGGUACCAGGCGUGCGGGUGCGAGCACUGUAUGAUUACGCAGGACAAGAGGCUGAUGAGCUGAGCUUUAAAGCAGGUACAAAUGCACUAAUCUUCUAACUUGCUUGCUAGUGUGCUUUUGGGGUAUGGAUGGAAAUUUUCCAGUAGGACCUGGAUGGCCCCAGGACGCCUGUUGCCAAACACUUGAGUUUUCUGAGAGAAUCCUAUAAUAAACCAAGCCAUUUAUGAAAGGGGUCAGCAGCAUGCUAAGAAAUUGCAGAGAGAGAAAGAACCAAUGGGGCACUUUUUAACUACUGGGAAAGACGGAGGAUAGAUAAAUUACUUCAAAGUUCUUCCAAAGGGACAGGAAAAGGCAUGGACUUGCUCCCAAUGUGGGCUCUGUGGUAUGAGACUCUGAAGGAAGAUAGCAAUUGCUUCAAGUUGCUAUUCCUUCUUUAAAAAUGCUUUUAUUAAGUUUUGUAGAUACAGGAAUAUAGUGGCAGAAGAUAGGGAAGAAAAGAGUCCUACCCUCCCUAGAUUCCCCUAAUCUGAUGUGAGCAAUUCUCAUCCCAAAUUGUCUUUCCAUAGAAGUCUUUGCGUUCCAGGUGGGUAGAAAUCUUGUUCAUUUGUCUCAAUAUCUGAAAUAAAACAUGACCAGAUACCAUAAAACUUGUUGGUUGGUUGUUCAUUUCUUCUGGCAUGUAAUUCGUGAGUCAAUUUUUCCAUUAGCGCCAAGUUCCAUGCUUGUAUAUUCCACUGCUGAGUUAGCAUCCAGGGAUCUCCAAUGCUUGGCAAUAGAGAUGCUGCUAUUCCCGAGACUUCCUGUAUGUAGCUGGGCCUGGCCAUUUGUGUUCCAUUUAUUUUCCAUGCCAAAUACGCUUCAAUAUACCAGGACUGUGUUCCCUUGCUCAGUGGCGGUGAAAGCAGAGCUGCAUAUUGAGAAAUAACACGUAAAGGGGAACUUGGGAGCAGGAGUCUUUCACGAGAAGCUGGCAAAUUCUGGAACUGAGCAGUGAUUUAACAUAAACUUUCAGCACUAUCUGCCAGCCCAGAUGGAGAGGCAAGUCAUCUCUUGUCACCAGUGACGUAAAAUGAACAUUAUCACACACCUGUUUCUCUGGAUGGUUGUGUGCAUGGUAAUGCUAGCCUUGCUCUGGGGCUAGUGGCUUGCCACAUGGCCAGAGCCACAACACAAUAAACUUAAAUAGAUGCCUUAUGGUUAGUGAUCAUCCGAUUCCACACUAAAAUAGUUUUUAUUUCUACCAGCCUGAUCUACUGGGAAGCACAUAGGAAUAGGGGCCAUCUGGAUCUUGGGGAUUUCAUUCAUGCUUUAAAAAUGUAUUUAUAGAAAUGUGAUUGUUUUUCUUUUUUACAGGUACUAAAAUCUUUCAAAACCCAGCACUUGGGUUUGCAUGAAACAUGCAUUGCUGAGUUAUCAUUAUUAAAUAUUCUAGUACCAACUUACUUUGCUUGAUCUGCUUGUAGUAACUAAUUAAAACAGGAGUACUACAAGAAUAUCUGUAGCAUGAAAUAAGUACAAGAAGUAGAUCCAAACUGCUUUUUGGUUUAUCAUUUGUGAAAAAUCCUUCCAGGCACCACCCUGGUUUGCUUCUGCCUGUCAUGUUGUCUUAUUUAUUUAUAAAAUAGUUGUAUACCAGUAUAUCAAAGCAGUUUACAGCAGUAAAAGCAUAAAAAGUUUUUUAAAAAAGCUCUAUGAAGAUAGGGACACUGAGCUUUCUAUAGUUGGUUUGCUGUGGUUUGUCUAGCUUACUGCAUUUGAGCUGAAUUUAUUGAUCUCUGUCAAAGAACAAUUCAUCAGUUUUUCUUUUUGCUUUGCCAGGGUCAUGGUGUAUACCCAAGGGCUUAUGGGAACUGGGUCACUCCUCUUUUUAAAACCUAUUGGUGCAUCUUCCCCAUCUAAAUACUUCAAUAACAUGCAAUUGUAUAGUUAAUGCAGACAAUUUGUUAUUUCACUGAGUCAGUUGAACUGAUGCACUAUUUUCCUUUUGUUUCUGGAAAUGAUAUUUUAAAUUGUUCUCCUUAAAUAGAAAGUUGGAGCAAGUGCCGAUGCGUUUUUUAAAAAGGCAUUCUCUGGAUGGUUACACCCCUUUCAGGUGGUCUUUAACUUCACUAAUGUGUGAAUUUUGCAUGGUAGUUGACCCUUCAGCAUGAGUCAAUUGAGAUGACAUGGACAGCUGGAGAGGGCAUCACUGUCUAGGAAGCAUCUUCUGGCUGCUAAUGCCCAAGAGCUUUUAAGGUGCUUCUCUGUACAAUAAUGGCUUUGUUCCAGUAGGCCACUAUAAUAUAGUUGUAUGGAGAAUGAAGGCUAACACUGACCCUAAACUCGUUUGGAAAUGAGACACACAGAUUUCAGUGGAAUUGUUAUUAAAUAAGUGUGCAUGGUAUCUCAACCUUAGCUUCACUUCCAUAUGUGCGCAUUGCCAGCAUCUCUGGAAACGAGAAGGGAAAAGAAAGCAAGUCUCAUUUCAUUUUAGUGAAUAUCUAAGCCAGUGAAACCUUGCUUUGUUAUUCAUUCUGAGAUUUUUCUUCCUCUAGGUGAAGAGCUCAUGAAGAUCAGUGAAGAGGAUGAACAGGGCUGGUGCAAAGGCCGGCUUCAGACCGGUCAGGUUGGACUAUAUCCUGCUAAUUAUGUUGAGAAAGUCAUUUCAUGAUUGCUUCCUCCCUUCCCCCUUAAGGUGUGCACCCUGCAAGCAUUUUCUCCAGAGGUCACCAAAUCAUUGGCCUCCAACUUGCGUCAAAAACCAUGAAAACAAUCUGGAACUUUCUGAGGACACUCUUAUUGUAACCAAUGCUUCCUUUUAAACAUCUAGAAUUAUGGUGAUGAUUUUUUUUCUAAUAAAGGUAUAUAAAAUUUUCUGAA